UUCUAGCCUUCGAUUUUGACGAAACCGUGGAUAUCACCAAGGAGAAUUGUCGCCUUUUGCUGAUACGUUUAAAGAUGGAAGGCUGGGCCAUUGGAAAAACCAAAGUAUUUCUACGCUAUUAUAAUGAUGAGUUCUUGGCCAGAUUAUAUGAAGUCCAAGUAAAAAAGGUUAUUAAGGUACAAUCAAUGAUGCGAGCUUUACUGGCACGCAAGCGCAUGAAAGGGGGCAAGGAUCCAAAAAAAGCAAAAGGGGCUACACGCAACGAUGAGGCUGCCACUAAAAUUCAAAAAGGUAAUAAGGAACGCUCCGAAAAAGAUUUUGAUGUUGAAUACUUUGAUGCCAGUGAAACACCGUCUGAAGCGGAGGAGCUGUUUGAAUCUGCACGCAAAGAAGAGGCACUUGCAGCUGCUCGUUUAGCGGAAGUGGAGCAAAUUACCCAAAUGGAGGACGAUUAGACAAAAACCAAAAAUUUAAACAAAAAACAACUAGAGAUGGUUACAGGAUGUCCUUUAGAAUAAGACAAUUUCUAAAACUUUUGCACCGUGCUUCAAUUUUAAUAACUUCAAUCUGCUUUUCAAGUUUAAGUUAUACUCAUAACCAAGCUGCAUACACAGAUAUUAGAUUAACUUUUAUGCAUUCAAAUAAAAGAUGAUUUACACUAAUUUGUUUGUAUGACCAAUAAAUAAUUAAAAAAACCGAAAAAAUACCUCCAGCCUAGUGUUAAAGAGAACUUUUAGACACGAAGCCACUUUGGUUACGCUAAGUACAUAUACAUGAAUACAUAUGGACAUAUCUUUAGGGAAAUUCUCGAUUUAUAUUUUAAUUAUGUUCCCGCUGCCAUUUCUGUAUGGAGGUAUAUUUUAACCCUCUAGUAGGCAGAACCGCCUCCAGACGGUCGUUAACUAAACACCUUUUUAGUGCACCUAUAAUAAUUUUUUUCUAUAUUCGUAAGGCACGAUCUUUAGACAAAAAUCGUACCCUUCUGGCGAAGUAAAUUUUAAUCCGUUAUGUCAAUCCGUUUUAUUUUAAUCGGCAGUUGAAUUACCGAUUUUGAAAACACGGUUAAAAUUAAUUAUUUCUUGCUUUUUAAUAAUUUCGUAAUUAAAGAAAUUUUUUCUUUUGAAAAUUUUUUUGAUACAAAAAAAUUAGGUGGGUUUCGUAGUUAAAAGCACAGGAUUUUGAUAUAAGUUUUAUAAUUGUUUGACUAUCCGAAAUGGAGAAAUUUGCUUUCGAACACAGGCCGUCUACAGACCAGCUUGCCGACAUAUUUAAACCCAGUUUGUAUUUUUGACCGUCUGCAGACGGCAUUGCCGGUUCGUAGGUCAACAUUGUGUAAGA